GUGCCAAAGAUGAUGAUGGUCACAGCAUUAAAAGUAGUGACAAUCUAAUGGGUUUAUCGAAGAAACAACGCAAGGCACGAACUGCCUUCACCGAUCAUCAAUUGCAGACAUUGGAAAAAUCAUUUGAACGUCAAAAAUAUUUGAGCGUACAGGAUCGUAUGGAAUUGGCGAAUAAAUUGGAAUUGAGUGAUUGUCAAGUCAAGACAUGGUAUCAAAAUCGAAGAACCAAAUGGAAACGGCAAACAGCUGUGGGCCUAGAACUUCUAGCCGAAGCUGGCAACUAUGCUGCCUUUCAACGUCUCUAUGGUGGUGGCUCACCCUAUCUAACAUCUUGGCCCUAUGGACACCCUCAAGCUUCACCCCACAUAUCACCCAGUUCACCCAUAGAUCUCUACUACAGACAAGCGGCAGCAGCAGCUGUACUGCAGAAACCUCUUUCCUAUCGCAUGUAUCCUUCCAUACCACCCAUGCCAGCAUCAGGAUUGUCUACAAUGCCAGUAGCACCCACACCCAUGUCGCAUCUAAGUGCUUCCAAUUCUUUAUCUUCGUUAAGUAACUAUUAUCAAACGGCUACACAAGCGUUUGGUUCCACAAAUUCACCCUCCACCAAUUCUAGUCUUCACAAUAAAAGUCCCACACGUAGUGAGGAUAAUGAUGUCGAUGAAAAUCGUAAAAGUGUUGAAAUUAUAGAUCGUUCAUCUAGUCCGCAAUUGAAUCCGGGCAGUCCGCCAGAACGUUUAGAGAAUAAAACGAAUACAAUAGCAGCAGCAGCAGCGGCAGUGAACGUUUUAGAACACAGCGAUAAUGAGGCUGAUGAUGAAGAUGAUGCUAUAGAAGUUUGAGUUGAUGACCCUGAUAGUAAUAACGACAAAUACCUACACAAUGACAACUAUGAUGAUGAAGAAGAUGAUGAACCUGUAUUUAAGAAACACCUAAUAUUGAAAAAGCACCGUGACAUAAAAUAUUUAUGGGGCGUUGAAAAGGGUUCUUCAGCAAUUGCUAUAGUUAAGAACCCUCAGCUUUUUAGCUGUUAAUUGAUUGCUCUCAGUGCCUUGUUGUGUGUUAAAUUUGGCAGAGUUGUUGUGUAAAAUGAAAAGGGAAACUUCGAAGUUUUAAACCAAAGAUACCAGAAUCGUUUUAAAGAUUUUGGUCUUAUUCCAGUGGCUAUGGAUCUCAUUAUUGUUUUUAAUACUUAAUAUAAAAUUUGUAAAUAUAUACUAAAAAAUCAGUGUUAAUUUUAAAUAAAAUUGAAAAAUAAUUUAUAAA